AUGAUGUGUCAAGAGGGCGGCAUUGCCCAAAAAGUCGCCAAGACUGGCACUGCCAGGCCGGCUGGUCGUUGUCAGCAAACUUUGGUGGGAUUUUUUUUUCGGUAAGGGUAUCCAGAGCAAGGGUUUUUUCGGAGUCCUUACUGUAGGAAGGGAGAAGAUGGGCUACAGGAAUUUUGGAGAAGAUCUGCUGGAAUUUUGGAUGUGUAUAGGUUGGUCAGAUAAUAUAGAUAGAGUUUUUGAAGCGGGCUUACUUUUAAUAAUGAUAAACGCUCUUUUGCCCAGAAUUUUUUUGUAGAAUUGUAAUCUUUCAAAGCUUUUUUUCAGUCAAAAAAAUAGAUGAAAAAUUAAACUUUUCGAUUUUUUUUUUCAGAUUUCCUAUUUUCAUUUCAAGAUUUUUGGGUAGCGAAAAAAAUUUAAAAAAAUAGUUUUUUUGAAGAUAUGUAGGACGGUAGAAAAACCACCCUUUUUCUCAAAGACUUCUGAAAAUUUUGAUGUUUAUAGUAUGGUCAGAACGGCUUCAUAGAGUGUGUCGUGUAUAGAGUAGUUUCCCUAAAUUCAGGAAAGUGUUAGAAAGUGGAAAAGAUAACGCAUUUCAUAGAGAGUCAGAGAAAAAUUUGGGAUUUUGGCGAAAAUCUUAAAAAAUUCAGCUCAACUUGACGCUCUGGAAAUGGCGAAAAAAUUGAAAAAGUGGUAAUUUUUCGCGACGAGACCUUUGAGGCUAUGCUCCUUUAAAUACUGCGCAAAGUCGAUUUUUUUAAAGGUUUUUUUUUUGAGUUACAGUAGAGCAUACCAUUUCCUAGGCAUUUCUAGGCUUUUUGUAGCUUUUUUCCAAAUUUCAGUGAAGAAUUUAGUUCAACACAAACUUCCUUGAAGUUUCUAGAUCUUGAGCAUUUUUCGCCGAAAAAUUACUGUAGUUUUCGUGUCAAGAAGAUUAAUUUGGUUGUUUUUGAGAGCGUGUUCCUUUAGUGGUUGGUCUCCCAGAAACUGUUGUUGUCUGGAAAGAUUUUUUUUUCCUUCAGACAAGAAGUGCCUGGCACAUUGCCAUCAUCAUCAACACAAACACAACAACAUUUGUCUCCGCUUUGUUGGGAACUGAUGAAACGAGUUCUUCGAGGAGGGCUUU